AUGCGUUACUUGAGCACCUUGUUGGAGAAGUUCCUGGAGUCCCUGUCGGGGAAGAAGAGCGUCAGGAUUCUCAUGAUCGGUCUCGAUGGAGCUGGGAAGACGACGAUCCUAUACAAGCUGAAAGUCGGCGAGAUCGUGCACACGAUCCCGACGAUCGGCUUCAACGUGGAAACCCUGGAGUACAAGAACCUGACGAUGACGGUGUGGGACGUCGGGGGACAGACCACCAUCCGACCACUCUGGAGACACUAUUACCAGGGCACCCACGCGGUGAUCUACGUGGUGGAUUCGUCCGACUCCGCGAGGAUCCAGGAAGCGGCUGAGGAAUUGGAUGAGGUGCUGGGGGCGGACGAACUCCGCGACGCCGCGCUGCUCGUGCUGGCCAACAAACAGGCGAGUCUCCAUCCGGAAUCUCCUCCGAGCAGGUCCGGAGGGAAGGAUGGACGAUGA